AUCUACUUUUUCACUUUUUGUAUUGGAAUUUGGAGAUGGCUAUGCAAACUGUGAGAGAAGGUCUCUUCUCUGCUCCACAGACUUCUUGGUGGACUGCUUUUGGAUCUCAGCCGUUGGCUCCGGAGAGUCUCGCCGGCGAUUCUGACUCGUUCGCCGGUGUUAAGGUCGGAUCUGUCGGAGAGACAGGACAAGGUGUGGAUAAACAGAGCAACUCUGCAACUCACUUAGCUUUCUCACUUGGUGAUGUAAAGAGUCCAAGACUUGUGCCAAAGCCUCAUGGAGCUACUUUCUCAAUGCAAUCGCCUUGCUUGGAACUUGGAUUUACUCAGCCACCGAUCUACACAAAGUAUCCUUAUGGGGAACAACAGUACUAUGGAGUUGUUUCGGCCUAUGGAUCUCAGAGCAGGGUAAUGCUUCCUCUAACCAUGGAAACGGAAGAUAGUACCAUCUAUGUGAACUCAAAGCAAUACCAUGGAAUCAUAAGGCGACGCCAGUCCCGUGCAAAGGCUGCUGCUGUUCUUGAUCAGAAGAAAUUGAGUAGCAGAUGCCGCAAGCCAUAUAUGCAUCAUUCGCGCCAUCUCCAUGCAUUGCGGCGUCCUAGAGGAUCCGGUGGGAGAUUCUUGAACACUAAAAGUCAGAACUCGGAAAAAAGCGGAACCAAUGCAAAGAAAGCUGACGGAAGUAUGCAGAUCCAGUCUCAGCCUAAGCCUCAGCAAAGUAACUCUCAGAAUUCUGAAGUUGUUCAUCCGGAAAACGGGACCAUGAACUUAUCGAAUGGAUUAAAUAUGUCGGGAUCAGAAGUUACAAGCAUGAACUACUUCCUAAGUUCUCCAGUCCAUUCUCUUGGUGGCAUGGUAAUGCCUAGCAAGUGGAUAGCAGCAGCAGCAGGAAUGGAUAAUGGCUGCAGCAAUUUCAAAACCUGAUCCUUUACCGUUUCACAGUCAAAUGGAGAGAGAUAAAGAACUCUUGCCUUGAAAAAGGUUGGAUGAGUUUUUAUUCUUGGUAUAAAGGAUUUUUCUUUUU